AUGUUUGGGAUGCCAUGGAUCGGCGUGUGCGACAGCGUGUUCCAGUUCCUGCCAAUAUUCAGCAACUUCACACAGCUAUUGAAGAGGCUGGCCACAGUCAACAAGCUGAUCAACUCUAUGCAACGGAGAUGUGUUGUCUGCGAUCAUCAGCUGGUCCAUCCGGUCGGAUGUGGAUCUUUGGUUAAAAUGGUGAAAAUCACUGGAGAGGGUGAUGAUGAAGACCAGUUCUUACGAACGGGAGAUGAGGUGGUUUUGCAGAGCACCUUCACCUCCCAAGAGGAAAAUCUGAAGCUGUGUCUUGCUGCUGAAGGAUUUGGCAGCAGGCUUUGCAGGCUUGAGCCCACUUCAAACUGCAAGAAUGUUCCACCAGACUUGUCUGUAUGCAGCUUCGUCUUGGCCCAGUGCCUCUCGGUUCGAGCCCUGCAGGAAAUGCUGGCUCACAGCGAACAACUGGCAUCAGAGGUGGGAGCUGGUGUAAGUCAUCGUACUCUCCUCUACGACCAGGCGGUGUUGUUCUUACACUCAUACAGCAGCAUGUAUCUCAGCUGCUUGUCUUCUUCUGAGUCUUCACCGGACAAACUGUCUUUUGAUGUUGGUCUCCAAGAAGACAGAGAAGGAGAGGCAUGUUGGUGGACAGUCCAUCCAGCAUCCAGGCAAAGGUCAGAGGGUGAGAAGGUGCGUGUGGGGGAUGACCUCAUCCUGGUUAGCGUGUCCUCCGAGAGAUACCUGCAUCUGUCCUUUGGCUGCGUUUCUGACAACAAACACUUGAGCGACAGUCUGACUGUCGAUGCAGCCUUCCAGCAGACUCUGUGGAGUGUUGCUCCCAUCUGCUCUGGAAGUGCCGUUGCUCAAGGAUAUCUGAAGGGAGGUGAAACCUUAAGGCUGCUCCACCAGCACAGUGCUGCAUGUCUGACUGUUCUUUCUGCAGAUCAUGAAGUGGAGCUCCACAGAGUCGUGCAUUAUGAGGCUGGAUCAGUCUCAAGCUAUGCCCGCUCCCUCUGGAGGCUGGAAAUCCAUCGUGUUGUCUGGAGUGGUAGACACACAAGCUGGGGCGAGCCCUUUAGACUGUGCCAUGUAACCACUGGGAGGUUUCUGGGUCUUACAGAAGAAAAAGGCCUCCAUCUGGUUGAUCGCGAAAAGGCGGACAUCAACACAACCUCUUUUUGCUUCAGAUCUUCAAAAGAGAGGCUUGACACCGAUAAGAGGACCAACACUGAUGGAAUGGGAACCCCAGAGAUCAAGUAUGGAGACUCGGUUUGCUACAUUCAGCAUGUGAACUCUGGGCUGUGGCUAACCUACCAAGCAGCUGAUGCCAAGUGUCGUCUGGGAGGAGUUCAGCGGAAGGCCAUUUUGCACAGCGAGGGCCACAUGGACGAUGGACUGACCCUGUCUCGAUCACAAAGAGAAGAGUCGCACACCGCUAGACUCAUCUGGAGCGCCGUCUCUUUGUUCACUUGCUUUCUCAGGAAUCUGGACAGUUUGACUCAUGAAGCCAACUUGCCCAUGGAGAUCAUUACUCACAGUCUUCAGGAUCUAAUCAACUAUUUCCAACCUCCGAUGGAGGAGAUCGGACAUGAAGCCAAACAGAAAAAGAUGACAGCAUUAAAGAAACGACAGAACAUGUUUCAAGAAGAGGGUGUGAUAGAUUUGGUUUUAGAGUGCAUCGAUCAUCUACAUCAACAUAGAAGCGCCUCUCAUUUUGGUGAAGCUGCUCAGAGUAACACAGGAGAAGAGUGGGAAGUCCUUCUCAGCUGCUUCUAUGAACUUCUGGCUGCUCUGAUUCGAGGAAAUCGCAUCAACUGUGCAUAUUUCUCUAGUUCUGUGGACUGGCUAAUCAGCAGGCUAGACCGACUGGAAGCCUCCUCUGGAGUCUUGGAAGUUCUUCACUGUGCCCUGGUAGAAAGCCCAGAAGCACUGAAUGUAGUCAAAGACGGACAUAUUCAGUCUAUUAUCUCAUUUUUGCAGAAGCAUGGACAUGGAAACCACAAGGUGCUGGAGGUGCUGCGCUCCCUGUGUGUGUGCCACGGUGUAGCGGUGCGCUCCAAUCAGAACCUCAUCUGUAACAGCCUGCUACCAGACAGAGAUCUGCUACUUCAGACACGUCUGACUAAUCAGGUCACCAGCGUGAGACCAAACAUCUUUCUGGAUGUGGGGGACGCCUCAGCCCAGCAUCGGAGAUGGUACUACGAGCUGGUAGUGGAUCAUGUUGACCCCUUCCUGACACCAGAACCGACUCACCUGCGUGUUGGCUGGGCCUUCACUAAAGGCUACAGACCAAGGCCUACAGGAGGGGAGGGCUGGGGGGGGUACGGAGUGGGAGAUGACCUCUGUUCUUAUGGCUUUGAUGGACUUAGCCUCUGGUCAGGCUGUGUGGGCCGUAGAGUCAGCUCUCCCUUCCCACACCUGCUGAAAGAUAAUGAUGUGGUUAGUUGCUGUCUUGACCUGGCCGUUCCCUGCAUCUCUUUCCGAGUCAACGGUCUGCCGGUGCAAGGCAUGAUGGAGAACUUCAGCUCUAAUGGACUUCUGUAUCCCGUGGUCAGCUUCUCUGCUGGAGUCAGGGUUCAUUUUCUGUUUGGUGGACGACAUGGAGAGUUUCGCUUUCUGCCCCCGCCUGGCUAUGCUUCAUGUUCUGAAGCUCUGCUUCCAAAAACCACCCUGAAGGUGGAGCCCUGUCAGAACUACAGCCUGGACUGUGGAGAAGGGAAAAAGCAGCUGAUUGGCCCCUUCGUGCCAGUCGCUUCAGUUGUCUUCACUCCCACACCAAUAGACAUUAGCAAGGUCGCAUUGCCUCCACAGCUUGAGGACAUCAGCAUGAAAAUGGCAGAAAAUAUCCAUGAGCUCUGGGUGAAGGACAAGAUUGACCAUGGAUGGACAACUGGAUCAGUUAAAGAUGAAAUUAAACUACACGAUCCUUGUCUGGUGGAGUUCUUCAAGCUGCCAGAGCAGGAGAGGAACCAGAACUUUCAAACGGCUCAGGACACCCUCAAGACGGUCCUUGCUCUCGGCUUCAGCGUUGGUCUGGGAGAUGACCGAGCUGAGGAACAUGUCAAAUACCUAAGACUUCCUGCAAAGUAUGAGCUACCCUGUGGACAUAGGCCUGCACCUAUAGACCUAAGUCAAGUUCGUCUCAGUUUAGCGGAUGAGGAGGUGGUGGAGAUGCUGGCAGAGAAUGAACACAAUGAAUGGGCUAGAAAGCAAAUCAAACAGGGAUGGACUUAUGGAGCCCAGCAGGAUGUGAAAUCAAAGAGGUGUCCUCACCUCGUGCCUUACUAUCUACUUGAUGAAAAGAUGAGGAAAGCAGGGAUGGAGAGUGCAAGAGAGGCCGUCUGCACCCUGCGGGUUUUCGGCUACACUUUGGAGCCCCUCAGCCAAGAACAGACCACAUUAUCAAAGACAUCCCCAUUCCCAGCAGAGAAGAGCAGAGUGUUCAGACCAGAUAAAUCCUACGCUGUGACCAGGGGGAAGUGGUAUUUUGAAUUUGAACUACUGACAGGGGGGGAUAUGAGAGUGGGCUGGGCCCGACCGGGCUGUACUCCUGAUAAAGAGCUCGGCUCAGACGACCAGGCAUAUGUCUUUGAUGGAUUUGAGGCCCAGUGGUACCAUCAGGGAGGUGAACCUCUGGGACGUCCGUGGCUCAGGGGAGAUGUGGUGGGCUGCUUGGUGGACAUGGUUGAAAGCACCAUGAUGGUCACGCUCAAUGGGGAGCUGCUGUUUAAUGACAGAGGAUCAGAGCUGGCUGCCAAGGACUUUGAUAUAAGAGAUGGUAUGGAGAACAUUUUACCACAUUUUCUGUACAUUAACACCAGUACGUCCAUUGAGCUGAAGCAUUGUUCAUGCUUCAACAUGGCCUGGGUUUCUAAAUGUUCUCUCUUCCUGACGUUUCGAGGCUUGUUGCCUGUGGUCAGUGUUGGGAUAAACCAGGUGGGGAGGCUGAACCUGGGCCACCAGGUGGACACUCUACGGUACUUUGAUGUUUGUGGUCUUCAAGAGGGCUAUAAACCUUUUGCCUUCAACAUGAUGAGACACCCCGCACUGUGGAUGAGUUGGAAACAGUCCCAGUUUACCACAAUCCUACGUGAUGAUCAGAAUUUGCAGGUUACCAGAGUCAGGAGCUCAGCCGAUUCCUUAUCCAGCCUGAGGGUGUCUCAGCGGUGGUUUGCUCGCCACUCUGGAGGGAGUGAGAUGGGCUUUUACCGGCUCAGCAUGCCCAUUGAAUGUGCUGCGAUUCUUAGAAGUCCUGCAGAGGCAGUACAUUCAGUUGCCCCCAACUCUUUACCUCAAGUGAGGAAAGAGCCCGAGGACACGGACUCUGACUUUGAAGUUCUGAUGAAGUCAGCACACAGUUUUGCUGGCUCAAAAGACGAGCUUAACCACAAGGACCACGGUCACGAAAAAACAUCCAAACUGAAACAACGGUUCUUGAUGAAGAAGACUAAACCCGGCUUAGUCAGCAGCAACUCAUCUGCACGGCUUCUAGAAGACGUCAUUGUUGAAAAAGACAACUACGACCACCUCAUCCGGAGCUCCAGAUAUUACUAUUCAGUGAGGGUUCUUCCAGGCCAGGAGCCAUUCAGCGUGUGGGUAGGCUGGGUGACCUCUGACUUCCAACGGUGCGACGUGACAUUUGACACCAACAGUGUCGACACCGUGACUGUCACCCUCGGAGAUGAUGGUGGCAAAGUUCAGGAGAGUGUGAAGCGGUGCAGCUGUUACAUGGUGUGUGCUGGAGAAGGAACAGGUCUGUCUCAGAGUCGAAGGAGUGCAGGGCUGGAAAUUGGCUGUUUGAUUGACACAACAACUGGAUUGCUUACCUUCACUUCAAACGGUGUGGAGAUGUUGACUUUCCACCAAGUUGAAGCCGGUACCAAGUUAUUUCCUGCAGUUUUUGUCAAACCCAGCACCAGCGACAUGUUUCAGUUUGAGUUUGAACCUAUCAAGAAUGUGAUGCCUCUAUCAUCAGGAUUAAUUCGCAGUCAAAGAAGAGAUCCCAGUCCCCAGUGUCCUCCGAGGGUCAAGGUCCAGCAUCUUAGACCCGUCUCAUGGACCAGAGUACCAGACACUCAAUUACAGGUGUUGAUAGACCACCCAGAUGAACACCAUGGCUGGAGAGUCCAAUGCUACGAACCUCAUCAGAUUUUGACCCUUCAGAUUCCUGAUGAAAGCAGGAGCGUUGACAUUUUGGAGCUGUCAGAGCUUGAUGACCUUCGUACCUUUCAUCACAAUACCCUUCUUCUCUACUGCUCUUUGUGUGCCCUUGGCAACACCAGUGUUUGCCAUGCCCUCUGCAGUCACGUGGACCAAUCGCAGGUCCUUUAUGCCAUUCAGAAUCCUCACCUCCCUGGCCCAAUCCGCUCAGCGUAUUACCAGCUGCUUAUUCAGGUGUAUCUAAGUAGUCAUACCACAGCAUGUCUCAUGAUGAAUCAGGAAUACAUCGUUCCGAUGAUGGACCAGACCAGAGAAAUCUCCCUUCAUCCCUGUCCUGUUGGGGGUCUUGAUGGAGAGCAUGGUUUUCUUCCAGAAGGCUGCCCCAGCACUGGCAGUAGCACAUCUCUUAAACCAAAAAUGCAUUUUUCAUCUCCUUGUUUUGUCAGGAGUAAUGGGAUGGGAGUGGAUGGUGUAGCUGAAGUGGCUUGCACUGACAGCCCUGAAAUCCCUCUGGACAUUUUAAAGAACCUGACAGUGGAGAUGUUGGACGCUGGAGUAACAGCCGUGGCUAAACUUGUGAGGGAUCCUGCAGGAGGCAGCGCUGAACAUUUGCUUGUUCCUCUUUUAAAACUGUUGAACUGUCUUCUAGUCAUGGGGGUGCUUGGGGAUGAAGAUCUCGGGAAGGUUCUAAGGCUGAUUGAGCCAAAUGUAUUCUCCUUAAUCAAGGAGGACAAAGAAGAAAUUAAGGAUGAUGAGGAAGUGGGAAAAGGGAAGGAUGCAAGUAAACAAGGACUUCUUCAAAUGAAACUUCCAGAAUCUGUCAAACUUGAGCUCUGCCACUUGCUGUCCUACCUGUGUGACUGCCAGGUGCGCCACAGGGUUGAAGCUACAGUCGCAUUCUCUGAUAACUUUGUGCAUCAGCUGCAGGAGAACCAACGUUCCCGUUACACUCAGGUCAUGCAGGCACUCAACAUGUCUGCAGCACUCACGGCUCGCAGGACCAAGGAGUUCCGCCUACCACCGCAGGAGCAGAUCAACAUGCUGCUGAGCUUCAAAGAUGAGGAGGAGAAGGAGAAAUGUCCUUGUUCCAUCAACAUCCAACAGCUCUUGCAGGACUUCCAUUGCCUCCUCAGGACACACUGUGGCAUUGAACAAGACUUGGACCUAGUGGAUGAAGAGACGGCUAAGAUCUCCCUGAAAGAUCAACUUUCAAGACUUCUAAUGGGACUCAUUGGUCUUAAAAAAACACCAAAUUUACUGGAGGAGAGUAAAUCUCGCAGUCCUAAAUCCCUCAAAAGGCUGAUUUCUGAGACGAUGGUGUGCUGGGCUCAAGAGAGUGAGAUUGAAGACCCAAAGCUGGUUCGGGUUAUCUUCUCAUUGCUUUACCGUCAGUACCAAGGCCUCAGGGAGCAAAUGGAAGGGCCGCUCUCAAAGGCAUACACAAUCAGCCAGUUUUCUGUGGAGGACACGGUGGCACUCCUGUCCUCCCUGGGUCAAAUCCGUUCUCUCCUGAGUGUCCGCAUGGGGAAAGAAGAAGAGAAGCUGAUGAUCCGAAGGCUAGGGGACAUCAUGAACAAUAAAGUUUUCUACCAACACCCAAACUUAAUGAGGGCAUUGGGGAUGCAUGAGACAGUGAUGGAGGUGAUGGUCAAUGUCCUGGGAGAAGGAGAGUCAAAGGAGAUCACCUUUCCCAGGAUGGUGGCCAGCUGCUGUCGAUUUCUGUGUUACUUUUGCCGCAUCAGUUGCCACAAUCAGGGAGCUCUUUUUGACCACCUAAGCUACUUAUUAGAAAACAGCAGUGUGGGAUUAGCUUCACCAUCCAUGCGUGGCUCAACUCCGCUUGAUGUGGCUGCAGCUUCUGUUAUGGAUAAUAAUGAACUGGCCUUAGCUCUGAGAGAACCUGAUCUUGAGAAGGUGGUUCAGUACCUUGCCAGAUGUGGUCUCAGAAGCUGUUCCAUGCUGGUGGCCAAAGGCUACACUGACAUAGGAUGGAACCCUGUGGAGGGAGAGCGUUACCUGAAUUUCCUACGCUUCGCUGUUUUCUGCAACGGUGAGAGUGUAGAGGAGAAUUCUUAUGUAGUGUUGAGGUUAUUGAUUCGUCGACCCGAGUGUUUUGGUCCUGCCCUGAGAGGAGAUGGGGGAGAUGGACUCUUAGCAGCCAUGAAGGAAGCCAUCAAAAUCUCGGAAGACCCUUCAGUGGAUGGACCGUUCCCCACUCAUCCACCUAACAGAACAUCGAAUGUUGUCCAAGAAAAUGACGAUGACCUCGUUCACAUGGGACAUGCCAUCAUGACCUUCUACUCCGCUCUGAUUGACUUGCUGGGGUGCUGUGCUCCAGAGAUGCAUUUAAUUCAAGCAGGCAAAGGAGAAGCCAUCCGUGUCAGGGCCAUCCUCAGAUCCCUCAUCCCUAUUCAGGACCUUGAAGGAGUCAUCAACAUCUCCUUUCACCUCCCAUCGGUGUCUGAAGAUGGUUUGUUGGUUGAGCCUGACCUUUCCACAGUCUUCUGCCCGCACCACAAGGCAGCUAUGGUUUUGUUCCUGGAUCGUGUUUAUGGCGUUGAAGAUCAGAGUCUUCUUCGCCGCCUGCUGGAAGUUGGCUUCCUGCCUGACCUUCAGGCAGCUGUGUCUCUUGACGCUGCUGACCUAGGAUCCACUGAUAUGGCCCUGGCCCUCAAUAGAUACUUAUGUGCUGCUGUUCUUCCCCUGCUCACAAAAUGUUCAGCUCUCUUCCACAGUUUAGAGGACCAUGUUUCCCUGGUUGAUUCUCUUAUCCAGGCAAUCUACCAGCUCUCAAGAGCUCUCAGCUUGACCAGCGUGCAGAGAGCCACUACAGAGGACUGUUUACUCUCUUUGUGCAGUAAACUCCAGCCAUCUACGAUGCAGCCUCUCAUUGGACGGCUCAUCCUUGACGUCCUCCACCUCACAGAUCAAAGCAAAAUGCCACUAAAGCUCUUGACCAGUCAUUAUGAGCAGAGGUGGAAGUAUUACUCCGGCUCGGGCAGGCAGAACGACCAGGCUUCUGCCUCUGAAGAAGAAAUCCACCUUCCCAGAAAGUUAUUCUGGGGUGUGUUUAAGGCCUUGACAAAGAAGCCCCACAAUCCUCAGCUGUUCAGAUUGUGUGUGCAAUGCCUUGUUGAAGUGGUCAAAGCUUUGCCUCCCAACUACGUGGAGCGAGCCUGUUUAUCUCAAACGGAGAGAAAAACCUUGGUGGACACAGAGGGGAACUUUGACCCCCAACCUGUAGAUACAUCCAAUGUUUCCCUGCCUGAGAGACUUGAAUUUGUGGUGAACAAGUAUGCAGAGCACACUCAUGAGAAGUGGUCUCUUGACAAGUUUGCCAAUGGCUGGGUUCAUGGGGAACAGCUAUGUGAGAACACCAAGGUUCACCCGCUCCUGAAGCCAUACAGAGCUCUGGCUGAGAAGGAGAAGGAGGCUUAUCGCUGGGCCAUCAAAGAGACAAUCAGGAGUAUGUUGGCCUUUGGCUGGACCAUAGAGCAGACCAAAGAAGGAGAUGUGUUUGGUUUACACACCUGUGCUCGUAGGGUCUCUCAGUCUGGUCAGCUGUCGUUUGAAGGAGCAUCAACUUUUAGCCCCAAACCUUUUGACAUGAGCAGCAUCACGUUAUCAUGGGACCAGUGUGAUAUGGCUGAACACUUGGCUGAGAACUACCACAACAUUAGUGCUCAAACUAAGAAGCUAGAACAUGAAAGUAAAGGAGAAGGACACCAGCUGGUUCUUGUACCUUAUAAUGCCCUGACUUCCAAAGAGAAGGCCAAGUUUAGAGAAAAAGCCCAGGAUGUCCUCAAGUUUCUGCUCCUUAAUGGUUACACUGUAUGGAGGGAUCGGAAAGCAGUUGAAGUGGACUUCCCAGCCAUGGCCAACUGCUUUGGAUACGUUUUCCUUCAGCGAAUGUUGUGUCACACUGAGGAGGCCCAAGAAAACAUGCUGAAGCUUGAGGUGAUUCAAGCCAGAGGACAGACAUCUAAAGGAACCAGACCUCCAGAACAGGAACCAAUCAUUCUUCUCCAGAAGGCUGCCCUUCCUCUUUUGGAGCAAUACGUCAAAAGCCAUCGUUUGUACUUCUUGUCCUCGUCUCUUGGCUCAAGUGAUAGUAGAAGCCAAGUGUCAAAAAAGGAAAAGGAGAUGAUUGUUUGCCUCUUUUGUAAGCUUGCGGCUUUGGUAAGACACAGGACCUCCCAGUUUGGAAACGAAGCCUCAGCAUUUACCAGCUGCCUCCAAGUCCUGACUCAGGCGCUUGAUGUCAGGAUGUUGACAUCAGGCCGAUUGUCUGUCCGGACUUCUAUGGAUUCGUUUUUUGAGGCAGCUGCAGCUGAUUUGGAGAUGACUGUGGAAAAGGUUUCUGAGGUUCAGAGUCGAGGCCAGUUGGCUAAAGGAGUGGUCACGAUUCUCGACUACACAACCUCCAUUCUGCUUCCAACGCUCACAUCCCUCUUCCACCAUCUCAGUAAACAGAAAGAUGGUCCUGACCUUCUGGUCGGUGGCGUGCAGGUGUCCUGUUACAAGAUGUUGAACAGCCUUUACGCUCUUGGAAUCAGCAACAGCAUCCACAUGGAGGGGCAGAGGUCAGCAGCAGGAGCAUGUCUGGCAGCCCUGACUGGGGCGUUUCCUGUCUGCUUCCUCGAGCCAACUCUAAACCAAAACAAUCCCUGGUCCAUCUACAACACCAUGACUGCUGCCCAGUUAAAAGAUCAGGGAUUGCCACAACUGGUGGAGGACACGUGCCACCUCCUGCCCUCCUUUGAGCAGGCUUUGGAGGAAGUGGAGGAGCUGGCUGGUGCUGGUGCAGGAGCUCACCUGGCCCACUACAUCCAUGUUGCAGAGGUCACCUUGCCCAUGUUGUGCAGCUAUGUUUCCCACUGGUGGUGUUGGGGCCCCGAGGUCCAGCCAGAGGCCACGGUCAUCACCUCCGUCACUCCUCACCAUGCUAAUGACCUGCUAAGCCACAUCCUCCGCAUCAUCCACAACCAUGCGGGUGCUAGCCAGGGUGACUGGAUGAAACGGCUUGCAGCUUUUUGCCAGCCGAUCAUGUGCAAAGCCCACACUGAGCUGCUGAAGAGCCACUUCCUGCCACUGAUGGAGAAGAUGAGGAAGAGGACAGAAUACGUACUGCUCGAGGAGGAGCGUUUAAAACAAGCAGGCAGCUUUACCUCCGAAGCAGAGCUGCAGUUAGAGGAGAAGCACAAAGUCCUGGUCCAAGACCUCUACGCCUUCUAUCCUCUCCUCAUUCAGUUUGUUGAUUUUAAUCGAGCCAGAUGGCUGAAAGAGCCGGUCCCCGAGGCAGAGCAGCUGUUCAGCAUGGUGGCAGAGGUCUUUACAUUCUGGGCCGGAUCUCAUCGUUUCAAAUGGGAGGAGCAGAAUUAUGUGGUCCAAAACGAAAUCAACAACUUGGCCUUCUUGGUCUCCGAUGACAAAAUGUUAGAGUUUGACCAUGAAAGGAGGAAGAUGAAGAGGAAGGGAGAUCGUUAUUCUGCACACACCUCUCUCAUCGUGGCUGCCACGAAGAGACUGGUUCCUUUGGGACUCAGGGUUUGUUUUCCCGGCGACCAGAAUCUUAUCGUGUUGGCUAAAAACGGCUUCUCCCAGAAAAACACAGAAGAUGGGAUUAGAGAGCAGAUUUACAGCUCCCUUAUAGACCUUAAGCGUCAUGCAUCAAGCAGCGUCAAGCAGGAGAUUGCUAAUGCACAGCGUCAAACACAGCUUGGGGCUCUUGCCGACACACAAAGGACCGUGGACAGGAUUCUAGAAAUAGCUCGAGUCCUUUAUUACCUGGAUCAGAUAGAGCAUCCACAGAGAAGUAAACACCCUCUACGGCACACCGUGUUAUCUAAACAGAGGAAACGGGCAGUGGUGGCCUGUCUGAAAAUGACACCCCUUUACAACCUACCUCGGCACAGAGCUGUCAACCUGUUCCUCCAAGGCUACAGCAAGUCCUGGAUUUCCACAGAAAAUCACAACUUUGAGGAGGUGCUUGUGGAGGAUUUAGCUAAAGGUGGAGUGAUAAAGCUGUGUGGGGGUAACAAAGGGGAGGUGAAGGAUGUGGGAGAAGGUGCAAAGCCCAUCGAUCCACUCCUACAGCUCAUUAGACUCUUUAGUCGAAGCGCCCUGACCGAAAGCAGUAAGCAUGACGAUUACAUACUCUAUCAGUCCUACGCUGCUGUUAUGGCUAAGAGCUGCAGCAGAGAUGGCGAUGAUGAGGACGAGCAGGAGGUGGAGAGCUUCGAAGAGAAGGAGAUGGAGAAACAGAAGCUGCUGUACCAGCAGGCCAGGCUGCAUUGUCGUGGAGCUUCUGAGAUGGUCCUGCAAACUAUUAGUGCCAGCAAAGGCACCAUAGGCUCCAUGGUUGCUCCAACUCUAAAGCUAGGCAUUUCUGUUCUUAAUGGAGGAAAUGCAACAGUUCAACAGAAAAUGCUGGAUUAUCUAAGAACAAAGCGUGACGUUGGAUUUUUUCAGAGCCUGGCUGGACUCAUGCAGUCAUGCAGCGUUCUGGAUCUGAACGCAUUUGAGAGGCAGAACAAAGCAGAGGGAUUAGGCAUGGCCACGGAUGAAAGCUCAGGAGACGAGGUGAUGCCAGACAAAGACCUAACAUGUGACCUAUUCCGCUUCCUGCAGCUGCUCUGUGAAGGGCACAACUCAGAUUUUCAGAACUAUUUACGAACACAAACUGGAAACAACACAACUGUCAACAUAAUUAUAUCAACUGUUGAUUACUUACUAAGGGUACAGGAGUCAAUCAGUGACUUCUACUGGUACUACUCAGGGAAGGAUGUGAUUGAUCCACUGGGUCAACGUAACUUCUCCAAGGCCAUCGCGGUAGCCAAGCAGGCUUUCAACACCCUCACUGAGUACAUACAGGGUCCGUGCGUUGGGAAUCAGCAGGGUCUGGCUCACAGUCGUCUUUGGGAUGCUGUAGUGGGAUUCCUCCAUGUUUUUGCUCACAUGCAGAUGAAGCUCUCUCAGGAUUCAAAGCAAAUUAAACUCCUCAAAGAGCUCAUGGAUUUACAGAAAGACAUGGUGGUGUUUCUGCUUUCCAUGUUAGAAGGUAAUGUAAUUAAUGGAACAAUUGGAAAGCAGAUGGUGGAUAUGUUGGUGGAAUCAUCAGGAAAUGUCGAGAUGAUUCUGAAGUUUUUCAACAUGUUCCUUAAACUCAAAGACCUCACCUCCUCAGAAGGCUUUGGAGAGUAUGACCAUGAAUGCAAAGGCACCAUCUGCAGGAAGGACUUCCAGAAGGCCAUGGAAAACUCCAAACGAUUCUCCAAUGAUGAGAUUAAUUUCUUGUCAUCUUGCAUGGAGACAAAUGAGAGUGAAAUCGUAGAGUACGAGGCUUUCGUGAACCGCUUCCAUGAACCAGCAAAAGACAUCGGCUUCAGCAUAACCGUGCUUCUCACCAAUCUGUCUGAACAUAUGCCCAAAGAUUUGAGGCUGAAGACCUUCAUGAAGAUGGCUGACAGUGUCUUGACCUACUUUCAGCCCUGUCUCGGACGCAUUGAGAUCCUUGGCAGCGGGAAACGCUUUGAGCGUGUCUACUUUGAGAUCAGUGAAUACAGCCACACACAGUGGGAGAAACCCCAGGUCAAAGAGUCCAAGAGGCAGUUCAUUUUCGAUGUGGUCAAUAAGGACGGAGAAAAGGAAAAGAUGGAGAUGUUUGUUAAUUUUUGUGAAGACACCAUCUUUGAGAUGCAGCUUGCGGCCCAGAUAUCUGGCUCUAAUGCCGGAGAGAGGUCUCCUGGAAAAGAAAUGGAGAAGAAGGGAAAGGGUGGAGAUGAAGCUAUGGACAACAAGAGGACGAGUUUCAUUUAUAACUGGUGGACUUUGCUAACAUGUGUUCUGUCUCUGAAAAACGUGAUGAAGAUGACUUUAAGGGAUGUUGUCACAACUUUUUUACUGUUCCUCAGACUCAUUUGCACGCUUCAGGUUUGGUUCAUUUGCCUCGUCAUUCGCAGCAUCAUGUAUGUGCUGUAUGUAACCUUUGUUAAUGGUGGGCUUGUGGAGGGAGCUAAAAGUAUGAGAAUUUUGGACUUGCUUGGUGGUAUUCCUGAACCUACUCUUGAUGAGGUCACGGAGGUGCCUAUAGGAUAUCAAAUGAGAAGGUGCUCCGCCGGUUUACCCUACCAGACAGAACUGAGGGACAUUGGAAAGAUAGCAUCCGUGACCUUUCCGAGGGAGGUGGAUGUACUGGCAGACAUAUUUGGUCUGAAACUGAAGAAAGAAGGAGAUCAGUACAGACUUGUGACGCAGGAUCUCACCGACAGUCUGACUGAUGUGUUCAACACAACCUCCAAAACAUCUGUCAGCACAGAUGCAUCUGAGCAGCACCAUAAAGAGGAGUUUAAGGAGCAAGUGUGCACAGAGGAGAAAGAGGAUCACAAAUCAUCAGAAACUGAAAAUGCAGAAAAAAGGAAAUCUGAAAGGAAAACUGGGAAUAUGACAGAAGAGGCUUGGUGGAGAGCCAAUAGAUGUCCUAUCAAGCCAAAGCAGGCACAGAGUCAGCGGUCUGCUUUUUGGAACACACAACAAAACCAAAGUCUUCUGAACUACUUUGCGAGGAACUUUUACAACAUGCGUUUGCUGGCUCUCUUUGUUGCCUUUGCGGUCAACUUCAUUCUUCUCUUCUUUAAGGUUGCAUCCUUGCCUUUAUCCAAAGAAGAGGAAAAAGUGAUUUCAUUUGCAUACAAAGAAGAAGACAGAGUUCAUUUUGUGCUGGAAGAAAACAGUGGCUACAUGGAACCAUGCCUCCAUUUCCUUGCUGUUGCUCAUACAAUUAUCUCCUUCUGUUGCAUUAUUGGCUACUACUGCCUGAAGGUACCAUUGGUGAUCUUCAAACGUGAGAAGGAGGUGGCACGGAGAUUGGAAUUUGAUGGGUUGUAUGUGACACGGCAGCCUCCUGAGGAAGAUAUCAAAGGGCAAUGGGACAGACUGGUCAUUAAUACACCAUCAUUUCCAAGUAAUUACUGGGACAAAUUUGUGAAGCGAAAGGUGAUGGAUAAGUAUGGUGACUUUUACGGCUGCGAGAAGAUCAGUGAGCUGUUAGGUCUGGACCGGGCUGCUUUGGAUUUCAGCUCGGAGAGAAAAAUCAGGAAGAGGCUGCGAACAGAGACAGCCUGGAGUUCCAUGCUUAACUCCGUCGACGCAAAGUACCAGGUCUGGAAACUCGGAGUCGUGUUCACUGACAACUCCUUCUUGUACUUGGCCUGGUACAUGAUCCUGUCAGUUCUGGGUCACUAUAACAACUUCUUCUUUGCUGCUCACCUUUUGGACAUCGCCAUGGGCUUUAAAACGCUUCGAACCAUCCUUUCUUCUGUCACACACAAUGGGAAACAGUUGGUGCUAACUGUGGGUCUGUUGGCUGUGGUCGUGUAUCUCUACACUGUCGUGGCCUUCAAUUUCUUCCGGAAGUUUUACAAAAGUAACAACAAGGAAACUGAGGAUAUGAAGUGCAACGACAUGCUUACGUGUUACAUGUUCCACAUGUAUGUUGGAGUGCGUGCGGGCGGCGGCAUCGGUGAUGAGAUUGAAGAUCCUGCUGGAGACGAGUUUGAAGUGGAACGAAUCCUCUUUGACAUCACGUUUUUCUUUUUUGUCAUUGUAAUCCUCCUGGCCAUCAUCCAAGGUUUAAUAAUAGAUGCCUUCGGAGAGCUUCGAGAUCAGCAGGAACAGGUGAAAGAGGACAUGGAGACCAAAUGUUUCAUAUGUGGGAUAGGAAGUGAGUACUUUGACAACAUCCCUCAUGGUUUUGAGACCCAUACUCUGCAGGAGCACAACUUGGCCAACUACCUAUUUUUUCUGAUGUAUCUUAUUAACAAGGAUGAAACUGAGCACACAGGGCAGGAAUCGUACGUGUGGAAAAUGUACCAGGAGCGUUGCUGGGAAUUCUUUCCUGUGGGAGACUGUUUCCGUAAGCAAUAUGAGGAUCAACUGGGAUGAAAAGAAAUCUUAUGAGGUCAAAAGCUCCCAAGACCGUGUUGUUACACAGAAGCCACAAUGAUUAUUGUUUUUAGACUCUCUAAAUUACCUUAAAUUUGUGUGUUUACUUUGAUAUGAUGUUGGGUUUUGGAGUGUUUUAUUGUUACUUUUUUUUUCCUAGCAUGAUACGCUGUGUGUGUGUGUGUGUGUGUGUGUGUGUGUGUGUGUGUGUGUGUGUGUGUGUGUGUGUGUGUGUGUGUGUGUGUGUGUGUGUGUGUGUGUGUGUUAGCGCUUUAUGUUUUUGAAUAAACUGUUUUUGUCUUCCUUGUCACAGUUUUCCAUCCCAUCCCUCUGUGUGACAUCCAGAUAAACAUUCUCCCUCUGGCAUUUACUCUUUUUACCCUCCUGUGUUUCAUAAGUGUCCCUCCUCCUCCGCGUUGCCGCCAUCUCGCCAGCAUCCCUCUCCUCCGACUGUGAUCACUUCUCCUCCUUUCACCUCCUUCCUUCCUUCUUCGCUUGUCUUGUUAUCAGCUACGGCUCAGCACGUCAGCAGAUGUCUCCGGUCAAAGCACCGUCAUGGAAAUAGAUCAUCGGGCUUAAUGAUGGUUUUGACAGCUUUCUGCAGUGAACAAGAGAAGCUUUGGAUAUUUCUUGGGUGUAGCUGAUUGCCUGAAAUAGUGAAGCAGGUUUUGUUGUGGAGAUAUAUGGGACAACAGAUGUGGGAGGACCACCAACAGACGAGGUUCUCGUUAUGAAAAUAACAAAAACUGAGCCCAGAAAUUUAAAAUUGUUGUGACACUUUUUGAGUUUUGACUUGAAGCAAAAACCCAGGUUAGGACCAUAAACAGGAGACUUGAAAUACAGGAUAACGAAUUCCAGUCUGCAUCAAAACACAUAAAGAUUAAAGGUGCAAAAUGUAGGAUUGAUAUCAUGUGGUCAAAUUUGGGUACUGCAGCCCAUUUUUAAAACAAAAUGUCACCAUCUCACUGUUCUGAGUUUCAUGGCUGUUACAGAUCAACACAAGAAUAUUUUAGAUGAAAAGGAAAGACGAGGCACAUACAGUACUUUGAUAAGUAGAUACAUACAUUUUCAUAUCUGGUGUUAGCACUCUUGGGUGUUUUACAGUAGGGAGCACUUGAACUUACUACGGUAAUUUGUCUCCAGCUUUCCAGGAAGUGCGGUUGUUUGCCAUUUUGCUGUUAGCUUGGACUUAUAGUUAUGAACGACUCAAUACCACAAAUUACUCAUUAUUCACUUCAAACAUUUGAGAUAUUUUCAUAGCCGACUAUUUACUUCUAAUUCACAGUUAGCGUUGUUAGCUCAACGUUAGCCUCUUGCCUGCUUCACCGGCUUUUAUGGGGUAGAAAAAAUAACUUCUGGGUAGCUAAUGUUUUCUGGCUUCGGUUCUUUAAACAAUUCUGAAGCUUGCCUUCACUGCAGCUUUAGCUCGGCACAUAACUGGCAACCUCACGAGGUCACAGAUUUUCACAAAGAAAAAUCUGCAUUUUUGUAUACCAACCCAGUGUCAGUCGCUGUCAAUUGUUUGCAGUCAUGUGCUGGAAUGGCUGCUACUUCAAAUAAAUAAUUUUAUAAGGUUAAUUAAUAAUUAUGAAACUCUUGUUGCUAUGUUGCACAGCGAAAAGUGAAAUGAAAUUGUCACACCCUGUCCUGUCUCCCCAUUCUGUUCAGUCAAGUGUCUCUGUUAAUUGCUCCCACCUGCCUCUCGUUUUCCAAUCACCCAAGCUCCCAGCCCUCAUGUAUUUAAACCCUCUCAGUUCUGUCUUUUGUCGGUUCAUUGUUUCAGUGUCAGCGUGUUCCUUGUUAAAAGCCUUUAAUCAUUCGUGUCUGCCUGCCUGCCUACCUACUUCACCCGCGUGUGGAUCGUCACAUCCGCUUCACUCACCAGCACGCGUGACAGAAAUACAGUAUUUAGGAGAUUUUUGCAGAGUGAAAGGAUUCCUGAUGAACAAAGGCUUUGGUCAAGUCCAGGCAUUUUGCAAGCUUUUCAAAAAUGUGGGGGAUGUUGUCUGUGGAUGUCAUCAACUGUAAAUUGAAACCCAAUCUCAAUCCAAUAGCGGGUCCGCACAUAAUGUGAAUUAUACAACAGCUAGUUCCGACAUAGUGAUUUGAUUGGUCAAGAGACUUUCCAAGAGUGCUGAUAUUGGACUAUAACAGCACUGGGACUGUUUACAAACAGUAUCACUUCGCUGUGCACAGGCGUUCUAACCAUUAUUGUAGAAAAUGUUUGUGUUGCCUAGCAACAGCCUUGUCUGAGUCUGCGUUUCGUGUUGGGGUCAUUUGUGUUGGCGGAGCCUGAUAAAUGAUUAAAUAAAUGAACAAGUUAUAA